ACGUUUUGACUUUAUUCCGAAACAGAACAGAUUGAUAAGUGAGCAAACAAUUGUCUUAGGUAGAUAACAAAAUGUGUCUUAAAUUUGAGAUGGCUGCUUUUAUUUAUGCAUGUUUUACAGUUUGUAUUGUCUGGACUGGAUCAACCGUAAUAUUUACCGAUUGCGGAGGAGAGCUAUUAGCCGAUGCAGACAGAAAUGAGACAGUGACAUCACCAAAUUUCGCUAAAAAUAUGCAACUAUACCCUGAUAAUGCAAACUGCACCUGGAUAAUUAGAUGUGAGACACCCGAACAGAACGUUGUUAUCAAUUUUGACUUCUUUGCAUUAGAAGGAGUGGAAAAUUGUGCCAUGUAUGAUUGGGUCACAAUAGAUAACGGAGAGUUCAUCGGACUAGGCGAUAUUGGACGAUUUUGUGGAGACGCUUUCUGUGACAGUACUAAAUUUUCCUUUCUUCCGUACGGCGAACUCAUCAGCAAUGGGAGUGUUGUUACUAUCAAUUUUAGUAGUGAUGAUGUAAUUUCUUACCCUGGAUUCAAGUUAAAGUACACUUGUAGUGGGGCAGCGGACGAAGAUACCGAUGAUGCAACAGAAAGCGAUGAGUAAAAGUCAAUUUCUUUAUCAAAACCAAAACCAGACGAUAUAUGAAAACAGUGAUGACAACGAUAUCCAGAUGGCAACAAUAUAGAAUUUAACUGACUAUGUUUCUGCUACUAAAGCUUAGAAUACUUAAUAAAGUAUAAUUGCAUCUUA